ACAAAAUACUCAUUUAUUACAGGCUUAUAUUAUAGGAAAAUCUAUGUUUCCUCUUCCUCUCUCUCCAUAUCACACCGCUGCAAAGAACCCCAAGAGGCAGCUCUCUCCAAGGAGCGACGGGGAGAAGGCAAUGUGGUAGAUGGGCUGGUUGAAACCGGUGGAAAAAUUCGAUCUUUUUGGUGUUUUCUGUUGAAUCUCGGGGUGGUUCUUGCGGCUCGGCCAAUAUGGAUGACGAUGAGGGAUUAGGUAUUCGGAAUUGGGGCUACUACGACCAGCCCUUGAAGGGGAAUCUGGGGCUGCAGCUCAUGUCCUCGGUGCCAGAGCGUGAUACGAAGCCUUUGCUAUCCAACGGGGGGUUCCUCCAUCGGGACUGCGGGGUCGCCGAGCCGUCGAUCCCGAUGGACUUUGUGAGGGACGGGUGGAUCCACCAUAAUAGGGACAACAAGAUCCUCCAUGUGCUGCCGAUGAACCACCACCAACACAAUUAUGGCAUGCUCCCGGAUCCCCCCGGCGCCCACACCCUCCAAAUUCUGCAGCCGCCUGAGCCGCCUAGGGAUGACAAGGUCCUGAUGAUGGAGGACCCUGGAGGCAGAAAUGAGACUCCUUUGAAGAAGAGAUCCCAGGGCCGCCCGCACAAAUCCCCGAAGCCAAAGAAGCCGAAGAAAGUUGCUGCACCAAGAGACGAGGCCACCAAUGGUUCAGUCUCGCGUGGGAAGGCUGGGAAGAAGAGCACUGGGUUGGUUAUUAAUGGAAUUGAUCUGGACAUCUCAGGUAUCCCUACUCCAAUAUGCUCUUGCACAGGCACACCGCAACAGUGCUACAGGUGGGGCGUUGGAGGGUGGCAAUCAGCAUGCUGCACCACUAGCAUCUCAUGUUACCCCCUCCCUAUGAGCACCAAGAGGCGGGGGGCUCGCAUUGCCGGCCGGAAGAUGAGCCAGGGUGCAUUCAAGAAGGUGCUGGAGAAGCUUGCAGGAGAAGGGCAUAAUCUUUCUAAUCCAAUUGACUUGAGGACUUUCUGGGCUAAGCAUGGUACCAACAAGUUUGUGACUAUCAGGUAAACAUGUACAAUAUCUGGCUUUGUUAAGCUUCGCCUCUGCAUUUGGUCUGCAUCUCCUGUAUAUGUAUAUUUGUCUCCAUUUGCAGAGGCACUCUGAAUAGCUUGUAGCCAGAUUUCUUUAUCAGCCAUAUUUACAUGCUUUUUUUUUUUUUGCUAAAACAUAUUUACAUGCUUUUUGAGGUUCAGAUAUUGGAGUUAUGCGGACAUGUUGAUGCCUUCUUUUCUCUUUACAGCCUGUAGUUUUAAGAGAAAGAGUGCUGUCUAAUUUAGAUGGCUUUUCAGUUAAUGGGUAGAACGUUUUCCUGACUUCUUUUCACUCCUUGCUUUAAGAUCUCACUCGAAUUAUGAAGAUUCUGAGAAGGGUUAUAAUCGGUGUCUUAAUUCUUUGUGGCUUCAUAAUCUGAAGUGUUUUAUUAUAGAUGACUGGAUAAAGUUGCGAUAAUAUGUUCUUGUAGCCAUGAUGGUGUCACCGGUUAGUUUAAUGUUAUUUUUGUGAUAUCUUGUAUAUUUGAAUCUCAGAUAUAAUUUUAUCAUUAAA